AUGUCCAUCCAAAUCUUGCUGGACAAUCAGCCCGAGUUCUACACCAACCUCGACGCCAUCUCUGGCAAGGUCUUCCUAACCCUGCCCAAGAGCGAGCAGAUUGGCACCAUUGUCGUCAAGCUCGAAGGAGAGUCCGCCACAGCUCUACAGGUCCCCAGGAAUUAUGGAUAUGAGCCAGGCAUCACUCGAACUGCCCCGCCACCGGGGCCUCCGGGCAGCAUCGUGGGUGAAAAUCACAAGAUCCUGUACAAGCUGCUGAAGGUCUUCCCGGAUGAUUACUACGAAAGCUCAAACAACCCGUAUGGAUCGCAUCCCCUCGACGCCGGCCAGCACCAGUUUCCCUUCUCCUUCAAGCUACCCAUCAACAAUGCUUGCAGCAAUCCGGAGGCCAUGGCCAGGUAUGGCGGCUUGGGCGGCCUUGGAGGCUAUGGAUCAGGCGGUGGCCUCUUUGGCCUUGCCGGAGUCCGGGUCAUGGACGGUUCGAAGCAGCUGUUUCUCCGGCACGUUACGGCGACGCUUCCUCCAUCCCUGACCGGCUUUCCUAUGCAGGCCGAGAUCCGCUACUACAUCAAAGUCACGGUCCAGCGGCCGGGGCUCCUCAAGGAGAAUUGGCGCUACCAGAUCGGCUUCAAGUUCUUGCCCAUUGAGCCGCCGCGGCCUCCCAUUACCGGCCAGGAAGCCUUUGCCCGGCGGCCAUUCUCCUUUACGCCACGAGCAAAGGGGGCUCCGAAGAAGCGAAGCUCACUGUUCGGCAGCAAGAAGGCCAGCGAGGCUUUAGAAGACGAUGGAGACUCCCCAACGCCGCCUUCAAUAGAGAUUUCAGCGCGACUGCCGCAUCCCUCAAUCCUGACGUGCAACCAGCCCGUUCCCCUCCGACUCCUCGCAAAGAAGCUCGUAGACAGCAGUGAACAAGUCCACCUGAUAUCGUUCCAGAUGGACCUGAUUGGCGUGACCGAGAUCCGUUCGCACGGGCUGUUCCAUCAUAAAGUGAACCGCUGGGUUGUCGCCUCCUACACAGACAUCAACAUCCCUCUGUGCGCUCCGGGGGACGAAGUGGGUAAGGAAAUGGUCAUUCCAGAUGACCUCUGGAGGAACCGGCCACUGCCCAAUACCGUUGCGCCAUCUUUCAACACUUGCAACCUUUCUCGGAAGUACGAGAUAGAGCUGAAGCUGGGCGUGAGCCGGGGCGAUCCGAAGAUGGGCGCCAUGACGAGGGAUCCCUUCUCGCAGCCCCAGAACAUCUUUCUGCCUCUUCACUUUGCCAGCGUCGAGGUCUUUUCGGGCAUCGCGCCACCCGUCGAGCUGUUGAAGGCUGCUCGGAACACGCGACCAGAAGGCAUUGUUGUUGUCCGGCCCCCUCCCCGAUUACCUCCCAGAACCUCCGUCUCGGAGGCCAGCGCCCCCGGACCUUCAGCCAGACCACCUCAGCAACGGCCUGGCCAAGCUGGGCCAGCAAUGCCUGAGAGGCCACCUCAAGAUCCCCUAUACCCUCCACAGCUGCCACCAGGCGACAUUCCGGCUUACGAGGACGUACCGCCGCCGAGCUACGACGAGGCCAUGGCAGAGAACUUGUCGGGGCCGUUUGACGGCUUGCGGCCGCGGCCAGCGUACAGCGGCGUGACGAACGAGAAUGCGCCCAGCCAGAUGCCAGAGAAGAGCUAG